AUGUCAUCUCUCUACACAGAUUCGGGGAAGGGGUUCUCUUCAGAGAUGAUAGACCCGGCUGUUCUCGUUCUGGCGGGACAAUCUAUAGUCAACGAGAACGCGUCCACACCAUUAUACCAGAUAAACAGAGAUGUAACAGCUAUUCCGCAAAAAGGGUCAUCUGUGAUAUUCGAGCGGAUAGACAAUAUUGAAAAGGAAGAGCACAACCAACACAUAUUCUACCUCGCACACCCGCCAGACGCACAAUAUCGAAACGACACCCCCGCUUACUACAUUACAUCAGUCUCAUCCGAGACACUUGGUAAUAUCGUCUUUGAGACAGCCAAAUCCCGAUUGCAGAAAACAGAGUUCAAGGCACUACUAAGCGCGAAGAAGACGGCAUCAGACAAACCAUUAUUCGACGACCGCCCACAACUUCUCUUUACCGUCAAGCCAAAAUGGCCGGGCAGUCAGUAUAAAUGGACAGAUGCGGACGGAAAACAAAUAGCCCUGGAAGAUAAAAAAGGCGACCAGCAGAAGCUAUCCAUCUUGGUGUCGAUGGAACAGGAAAUGAGAGACGCACUGGUUGCCAUGUGGGUUCUGCGAAUAUGGCACGACACAGCCGAGAGCAGAAAGGCAAAGAGAGAAGCUCUGGACAGCAUGGCGCCGCCUGUGCCAUAUAUUUCCGAUAUGAAACUGAUGAAGAGAACUGGGGCACUUGGCGCUGUUGGGGGCGGCGGUGCUUGA